GGAAACAACACCAUAAACAAACGAAGACAAGUAGAAAAGCCGAAAAUGGUUCGACAACGAUAACUUUACCAAAGAUUUUUACCAAGCAAUUUUAAAAUUUAAAUUGACUAAACCAAAGCGCAGCAACAUAGGCAAUACGACAAUACGUGAAUAUCAACAUAGAAGACGCAGCGUUGUCCAACAUUUAUGCUGUAUCAUCAUCACUCGGCGUUUUGAUCAGCACUUUUCUUGGUCUUUGUUUGGGCUAAAGCCGUGACGAAGCAGGAUACAAACUGCAUACAAAACCAAUACCGGCGGUGGGGUGUUUUAGUGUUUCACGGCAACCAAAUAUACGUUAUUUUGGCCAUUAAACAUCAGUCUAAACUAAAUUAUAAAAUAGCGCAUGUUGUUUAAUAUUUUAAAUACAUUUCAAGCAAAAUAUUGCCAAUGAAUAUUGCUGUAGUAAGUGUACUUUUACCUUUUACACCAUACACGACCAAAAUGGUUGCUUUAAGUUCCCGUCUCGAAACCGGUUUAAACCGGUUCUGUCUCGAAAUAUUGCGUCAUCCAAUAAGCGAGACCGGCAACAGCCGCCCUUCUCGCUUCUUGCCUCAUUAUCGAACGCGAGGAUUUCUGAUUAGACGUUCUGUUCGUGUAGUUAUUAUUUGUUCAGAAUUCUGACAUACAAACUUAAAAUAUGGGAAGCCCAGAAAAGCCAAUUGAUGUUGAAAUGGGGGACAUGUCAGACGAAACGAAGGAGCUUAACCCAGAGGUUAAAGUUGAACUUCUAAAAAAAGAAGAACCAGAAAAGGAUCGUUUUACUGGAUUAAAGAAAGAGGAACUCUUAGCUAUUUCCAAUGAACCGAAAUGGGUACGAGCUCGCUGGGUUUUGUUCAUCCUUUUCUGGCUUGUGUGGAUUGCCAUGCUGGUUGGUGCUAUCCUAAUUGUCGUGAAUGCUCCUCGUUGUAAACCAGAACCCGUCCCACAAUGGUAUCAAGAUACUGUUGUAUACGAAGCUGAUGUUGCUGAAUUUGCCGCCGACUUUAAAGGAAUGGAAAACCAUUUGCCAUACAUCCAGUCUCUGAAAUCUGAUGCAGUGCUUGUAAGUGGUGCUGGAGACCCAACAGGAAACCUUCCAGGUUUUGAUGAUUUGAAAAAAGCAAUGGAAGAUAAAUCAAUGAAACUUAUGGUGGAUUUGGUCAUUGACACACUGUCAAUAAGCCACACUUAUUUCCAAACCUCAGCUGUUUCUGGUUGCACAGGAAAUCUGUGCGACUUCUUCAUUUGGAGACCUAACUCAACUGAUUUAAACCAAGAAGAUUCAAAGUUUCAAUGGGUUUACAAUGAAGCUCGUGGCUCAAAUUAUAAAGCAAGCAAAAGUGACGCUAAUCUUGCAUUUAUUAACUAUGGAAAUGCAAAAGCCAGUGAAUAUGCAAUGGAUCUGGUUGGAAGUUGGUUUAAUAAGGGAAUUGAUGGAGUUCAACUGCGGGAUCUUGCAAAUGUUCAAGAAUCAGAUAUUUUAACAAAUAAAAUUUGGAAAAAAUAUAUUGAAGACUCAAAUGCUACUGUUCCAAGGGCGUUGUUCCUUUACUCAUCUGCUCAGCCAGCAACUCAAAUGCUGUCCGAUCUAUCUGUGAAUGGUACAAACACAAUUCCUAGCCCUGUGCAGGUUAAUGCUGGGCCAGCUAUGGAAGUGAACAAGGCGAACUCUGGUAAACUAAUUCAGAAUUCUAUCACUGCUUGGAGAAGCCAAUCUCGUUCCAUCUCUGCCUACACAGUCAGCCCACUUGGGGGACCAUUGGCAGAAGAGAAAUAUGGCAACAAAACAGCUUCUGGUUUGAAUUUACUUGUUCUUACUCUUCCCGGAGUCCCAGUGCUUCGUUCUGGAGAUGAAAUUGGAGCACAGUCUUCUGUAUUUGAGUGGCCAGAAACAAUUACAGAGGAAAGCAUCCCAGAAAAUACAAACCAGAAUACUUUGUUGACAACAAAAGGAGUUACAGUACUUCGUGUGGCAGGCAUCCAAUGCCUACAAGCACUGAGAUACGAUACACAAGAUGCUGAUACAACAUUUAAUUUCCUUGACAUAGGUAAUGAUGCUGUGGUUGCAUUCCUGCGUAAGUGGACAACAAAGGCUGCAGUGCUUGUUGUGAGCAACAUGAGUCCUACAGAGCAAACCGUUGCUGUUAAUGUAGCUGGUGGAUUGCUUGAUAAGGAUGACAACCUUGUGAAAAAGACAAAGGUGGUCGUUGCAAGCAGUGAUUAUAGCGCUGAUGCUGAAGUUGACUUGUCUGCACUAAAGUUGUCUCCUGGAACAACUGUGAUCUUCAAAUCUUAAACUUAAAACACAUUUAAAUACAUGUAGUUACUUAAGAAACUAAGUUUAGCCUCUUUGCUUGUAUUACAUUGUUGCAUUAACACUUUUUAAAUGUUUGGCAAAUAUUUUAAGUGCAAAAUGGUGCAUAUUACCAAAACUCUCAAUUGCGACACCUCUAUAGUAUGUAACUAUGGAAUACAACUAGAUGUGUGUUGAAUAAACGGAUACUAAGUA